AUGAACGCCCUGGUCAACUACGGCACAGAUUCGGACUCGGACUCGGACGACGACAUCAGUCAUGCCCCAACUCACACCACAAAACAGCCAACAAGCAUUCAGGCACAGCCAACCGCAAGCAGAAACAAGGAAGACGAGGAGGAUGACCCUAUUUUUGCCGCAUUGAAGGACCUCCAGGACUUUGCUGCGUCCGUCAACGAGAGUGUGUCUGACCCUUCCUCCUCAGACACUGCUGCCAUAUCUGCUACCGGUACCGGAUCAGGAGAACCCAUGGAACAGGAUCAGGAUGAACUCAAGUUCUUGUCGUUCCUUCAAGAAAUCGACGCCAUCCCCAACCCAGACGACGACCAACAACCUCCUCCUCCACCACCACCACCACCACCAUCAGAAUCACCAAUAAUCAUCGAUAACAUACCGCCACCGCCACCUCCUGUACCUUCUUCAUCGACCUCAAUCCCCCCACCACCUUCAACAUCACAAACAGAUCCAGUUACAACAACAGAAUCAAUCCACCAAUCCGUCCAAAUGAUCUACAACCGCCUCUACUACAUCUCCCUCCUCCCCUCCGCCUCCACAAUAUCCCAAGACCUAGAACGGAGGCUAUUGGAGUUCGCGAUUAGGAUAGUUGAUUGGAAGAAGGGUGGACUCGAAGAAGCCUACUUCCUGGGACAGGAUCUUGCAGAUGCCCUGGCUCAGGAAGCCGCUGCUGGAGUCGAAGGCGAUGGUACUAAAGACGGCGAGGCUGCAAAUCUGCCAGAUUUCGGAGGCAUUGUGGGGUCGAUGAUUCAGUAUAUGUUUCGACUGGAGCAGAUGGCGACGCCUAAUGGGUGGAUGGCAGUUUGGGAUGCUGAGGAUGAGGCCUAUGGGUUCCAACACGUCAGGACUGGAUUGUAUUCACCAGUGUACCCAUCGACGGACUUGAUCACCACUUUGGACCCUCCUGCUCCUACAACGUCAACGCAUGGACGGAUAUCGCCAACGACAUACAAGAGCAACAGCUGGAACUAUUAUUCUUCAACGACAACCUCUACCUCCUCUCCAUCGACACACGUACCAUCAACCACAACCACAACCACGACAGCGCCAGUAUUAAACCCAUGGGCAGCACCCGCAACAAACAUAGUCACUUCCAGUCCUCAAUCCGCAGGAUCAGAUGGAACCAACAGCCUCGUCCAAUCUUCCAGCCUCACCGACAACGCUACCAAAACCUCAUCAUCCCCAAGUGAGCCAGCCUUCGGAACUGCAAAGAAGAAGAAACGGAAACUUGACGACUCUACAUCUACAGCAGCUUCAGGAGACGACGGCUCACUCUUUGACCAAUCCAUCCACCCCUCACGCCGAGCCGCACUUGUCAAAAAUGGAGGCGCUAGUCCUGGCAGUACUGCUAAGGCCUCUUCCUCUUCUUCUUCUUCUUCAUCCUCUUCGUCAAAGGUGAUGCCCAAGAAACUCGCCAGUCUAUUACAAAAAUGGAACGAGAAAGAUAUUGAAAUGAGCGACGACGACGAUGAGGAUGCCGACGAUGGCCGUGAGCAAGGACACCAGGAUCUGGGUAAUAGUCGGACGGGCGCCAAUAGUCAAAGUCUUGGAGGUGGAGGUGGCGAUUGGCGUGAUAGGCGGCAACAGCAUCAUUACAAGUAG